UAUCUACCAGAUCUCAUGGGAUUAAAUGCAGUGAUAUUCUCUUUACCUUGCAGUGGCUUCCAAGGUAUUUAUGAUGUUGAGCAUUUUAUCCAGACGCUGAGAUAUGAUGUAAGGAUUGUCGAAAGCAUUCCAGCAAUUCGAAAGAAUGGGAAAACCAAGAAGUUAAAAGCUUAUCAGCUUCGGCCACCUCGAGAUGCCCCUAUUAACUGGUAUACAAAAACUGCGCUGGAGAAAAUGAAGGAGCAUGGUGCUAUAUAUCUUACUCCAUUUUCACAUCGCUUAGCUGAAGAAAUAGACAACCCUGAAUAUCAACGAUUGAGAUGCAGAGUUAACUAUCAUGCUUUGAGGUUUAAGCCACAAAUUAUGAAGCUAAGUGAGUCGAUAGUUGAGAAACUCCGCGCACAAGGCCACUUCAUGUCAAUACAUCUUCGUUUUGAAAUGGACAUGCUGGCAUUUGCAGGGUGCUUUGACAUAUUUACCCCAAAAGAGCAGAGUAUACUGAGGAAGUACCGAGAAGAAAAUUUUGCAGAGAAAAGGCUUGUUUAUAGUGAAAGAAGGGCGAUCGGGAAAUGUCCGCUAACCCCAGAAGAGGUCGGUCUUAUCUUACGGGCUAUGGGAUUUGAUAAUUCCACCAGGAUAUACCUGGCGGCUGGUGAGCUCUUUGGUGGCGAGCGGUUCAUGAAACCUUUUCGCUCCUUGUUCCCUCGCCUUGAAAAUCACAGUUCAGUGGACCCCACAGAAGAGCUAGUUACGAACACGAGAGGGCUGUUAGGGUCUGCAGUGGAUUACAUGGUCUGUCUUCUUUCUGACAUUUUCAUGCCAACAUAUGAUGGACCAAGCAACUUUGCCAAUAAUCUUCUUGGUCAUCGUCUUUAUUAUGGCUUCCGGACUACUAUCAGACCUGACAGAAAAGCUCUUGCUCCUAUUUUCAUUGAUCGAGAGAAUGGUCAUGUGUCUGGUUUUGAAGAAGCAGUCAGGCGUGUCAUGCUAAAGACAAAUUUUGGUGGGCCUCACAAGCGGAUUUCGCCUGAAUCAUUCUAUACAAAUUCCUGGCCUGAAUGUUUCUGUCAAACAUCAACCCAAAACCCAGCUGAUAGAUCCCCUCCAGGGAAUGUGGAAAUUUUGGACAAUCAGUUGGAGAAAGGGACACAUGACUUAGAACCUUCAACUAGAAGAAAUUCAACAGCAACUUCGGCGAGAAGAUAAGGCUUUCACUGCAGUUUUGUGUUGGUGUAGUUAUAAGGCCAUUCCUGAACCUUAUGCACCAUAUUGGAUGAAGAAAUGGGUUUCUUGACCUUGCUCUACUAUUCAGGUAAUACUUUGUAUAUGCUAUUUAUUUAUUUACCCAUAUUCAGAGUCUUCCCAAGAUUGGAACCUUCUAAACACUAAGUUAUAGGGAGUUCCAAUUCCUUGCCUCAGAGAUGAUAACUUCAAAUGCCUUGGUGUUUUUAUCCUAAUCGAGAAGUAGAUUGUAAAGCAAAGUCAAUUUCACCAUAUAAAUUUUAAGCUAUCUUUCAUAGCUAGUUAGGCCCCUCAAGAAAUAUAGCAGUUGUAUUGUUGAUUGGUUUUGUUAGCGUCAUUGAACACCGCAAUAUUAUUGAUUCAAUUAUGUUAUCUUCUAAUACUGACGGGAA